UAGAAGCUACGACUUGAUGGGGCGAUCGGCCGGCCGGAUGCAAUUCCCGAAAGGCGCCGUUCUGGCAAGCCGCUUUGCCAUAACGAUAACCUCUAGACUGGCCCACCACCACGGCGGAAGGCGGCGUGGCUCCGCCGCUCCGAUCCUGUGGUGGAAGCUCCAAGAUGCGGUCCGAUUGGUGAAGACGCCAGAGCAAGCCGGCGAUCGUGGAAAGAGUCAUCAGGAGAAAGAGUGUGAACCGGAGGGCGCCUUCUCAGCGAGGAAGCUCGCGGCGGCGUUGUGGCAUUUGCAGCAGGUGGCGGGAGUUAAAGGCAGCGGACGACGAGGGAGGGGCGGUCGGCUUGGGUUCAAGCAGCUUGAAUCUUGGGGCAAGUUUCACAAUUUUGCAUUGGAGAGGGCAACAAAAUGGGAUAUUGGGUGCUUAAUAUCUGUGCGUGAGACUUGUCAUAAUCAUGGUCACCAGAAACUUGUCAAUACUCGGCCGAACACUGCUUCUGUCACUUCUUCUCUGUGGGAAGAGCUCGAGCAGGCUCAUCUCUACCUUGAUGAGCUUCAAAAUGAGAGACAGUCAGCCAAGCAAAAGCUGUGUUGCUUCAUGAGGAAGCCUUGGGAGGAAAAGGCUUCAUGGCAGAUCAGUGAGCAAGAGAAAGUUCGGGACAUAAUAGCAGCCAUCAAGGAUGAUCUCAACAGAGAGAGGAGAAGCCGGAAGAGGAUGGAGAUUAUGAACUCCAAGCUGGUGAGUGAGCUUGCUGAGGCCAAGUUAUCGGCAAAGCAGUACUUGCAGAACUAUGAGAAGGAGAGGAAGGAACGUGAGCUUAUCCAGGAGGUGUGCAACAAGCUUGCAAAAGAGAUUAGAGACAACAAAGCUGAAGUAGAAUCUUUGAAGAGGGAAUCAACAAAACUCCGAGAGGAAUUGGAUGAAGAGAGAAACACGUUGCAGAUGGCAGAGGUUUGGCGUGAAGAGAGGGCACAAAUGAAGCUGGUAGAUACAAAACUUAUGCUCGAGGAGAGACACUCGGAGUUGAUUAAGCUUCAAGCUGGUAUAGAUGCUUUUCUCAGAGGACAUGGCAGUACACGUGCAAAUACAUCAGUGCAGAAAGCUGACGUGCUCAGGGAAGCUGGGUUUGGGUAAAAGCUUCUGUAUGAGAUUACAGACUUACUUGGCAGCGGUGUCGGCACCACAUGGAAAACACCAUCACAAUCAUGAUGAUGUCCCAAUCAAAGCCAACUCCCCUUCUUCUCCACGUGAAUCAAAGCAAAUAAUUUGAUUAGAGAGUUGAAAUAAGAUUCCAAAGCAUAGUAAGAAGCCUAUUAGAGGAGACAAGCCUAAGUAAUGCGUGUAAGGAGCUGAGCUAUGUGUCUGGAUGCAGGUGCUUCAGUUCUUUGAACAGAUGGAAGAUUGGAUUAAUCUUGAGCUACUUUUUGUCUCAGAUCUAUGCCUCGUUGCAGUGGAACUACAGCCAUAAUUAUCUAUGGUCAUCUUAGACUACAGUAGCAUACAAGAUUCAUAUA